GCGUUUUUUUAAUUACAGCCAUUGUGUCAUGUCUCCAAUGUUUCUAUAUAAACUUUAUUCCUAUGACUAAGGCUUUGUCAAUAAGAAUCAGGAAAUUAGACAUAAACCUAAAAAGGACAACAAUGAGGACAUUAAUUCGUUUCUUACUGACAGUGUUUUUAUUUGAUAGUUUCAACUGUGCUAUUCUCCAACAUGCUCAGACCAGACCUGACCGCUUCGACUGGAGAGAUUAUGGAGUUAUAACACCCGUUUCAGAUCAGGGGAUGAUCGGAGAUCCUGUGGACUUUGUUAUUGCAGAGGGUAUUGAAAGUCUCUACGCCAUACAGACUAAAACCAAGGCUAUCCCUUUGAGUAAACAAGAAGUCGCUGAUUGCUGUGAUGAUCCAUCGACCCACCAACCUUUGUAUAAAGGUUUCGACUGUAUAGUUGCCCUAGGGGGACUGUGUGGGGAUUACAGUUACAAAAAUGGAACAGGAACAUGUAAUAAUGGGUCAUGCACGCCAGUAGGGAAGAUUACAGGAACUGGUUACAUCCCAGCUGGGAGAGAAGAUUUCAUGUUGAAAGUUAUUCAUUUGACUCCGAUAGCAGUUCUCAUCGAUGCUGGACAAUCUUCGUUUGAGAUGUAUACCAGUGGUAUCUAUUCAGACCCUAGUUGUAGUUCCACCCAGUUAGACCAUGCAGUACAAAUUGUUGGCUACGGGACUGAGGCUGAUGUUGAUUACUGGACUGUCAAAAAUUCCUGGGGUCCAAGCUGGGGAGAACAAGGCUAUAUGAGAAUAGUCCGUGGCAAAAAUAUGUGCGGCAUUGCCAGCAUGGCCUUCUAUCCUCUUAAUAAAUAAAUGUUUUCCAUGAGUCUGA